AUGAAAAUAGUUGUUAAAUAUUUCUAUACCAUUUGCUAAUAGGAAUAAAGAAAAGAAACGAUUCGGCAAAUGAUAGCUGAAUACUUUGAUGAGAAUAUAGAAUUUGAUAAAGAAAUUUUCAAGGAUCAAGAAGAGUUCUUACAAUUCAUUUUCCCAUUUAGACCGAAGAGUCUGAAUAAACUGGGAGAAUCAAAGAAUCUUAAAUAUUGUAACAUUCUAAUAUCCCAAUUGAUCGAGACUCAAUAGAUAAUGGAUACUAUGUUGAUUGAGGAGAAGAAGGAGUUAAGUUAAUCGGACAUUUUAAAAAUCUAUAAGGAGAUUGACUCGACAUCUGAUGGUUUCAUAGAUGUCAUUAAGUUGAGAAAAUACCUAUAGUAAUAAUGUAACUACCAAACUUCAAAUGACGAUUUGAUAUACAUCUUCAGAAGAAUGGACAAAGACGAGGAUGGGUUUAUAAGUAUGGCAGAAUUCAUAGAAGAGUUUACAUUCGAAAAGCAGUAGAUUUCUUAGAUGUCAACAAUGGCAUAGACUAGACAGCAAUCAUAGGUUUCAUCUUAAACACAAUUUGUACCUCCAUACUCUGAGGAUUGCAGGGAGUUUGCAUUGUUCAUUAAUAGAUUACAAAAGUUGGCAGUUAUUGACGAGGAGGAAUUGCUAAAAUUGAAGCGACAAUUCAUUAAAUUGAAAAAGCAAUCAUUUUUGAAUUUGUUCGAAGACAUAGCUCAUUCUAUUUAUUUAGAUCAUCGUGAUCUUCUUAAUUUAUUAUAAUAGUAAUCAGUUGUUUAUUAAGUGUUUUAGUUUUAAAAUAAACGCCAGCAGCGAUUUGGAGAGGAUAUGCAGAUUAUUCAAUGAAGACAAUCCAAAUUAGAUAUGUUUUCAGGAUUUUCUAAAUUUUUUUACUUUUUGAUUAUA